AGUGAAGUGAAGACUCGAAACCCUAACCAAAACGGAAACCCAACACCAAAACCCUCUGCUUUUUUACGUCCCCAACAAGAAAACAAAUCCGAAACCCUAACCCUAAUCCCCCAAAUUUGAUGACCUAAAUUCUCCGGCCUUUACUCCAAUCAUGUCGUUUGACGGCCCAGCUCCGGGGACCGGGAACGGGGUGGGGAAUUCGAACAAUUCAACGGAGGCGGCGUUUGUGACUGUGUCGAGUCAGCGGCUGCGGCUGAACCCUAACAAGGAGCACAAGCCGGAUAGCUACGACGAUAUGCAAUUGGACUUCAGCCCGUCGAUUUUCAGCUCAAUGGAAAGGUAUCUGCCGCCGAAUAUGCUCGGAGUUUCGAGAAAUGAUAAGGUCAAUUUCAUGAGGGACAUUCUCCUCAAGUAUUUGCCCCAUGGAGAACGCAACAGGGUUCAGAAGCACAGGGAUUACAGGCAGAAGAUCAUAUCGAAUUACAGGCCUUUGCAUAAAGAGUUAUACCAGCUGGAUCCUGCCGCCACCUUUGUACCGGUGUUUCUAGAAGCAGUUAAUGAGAAUACUGAGGAAAGCUUCAGAAGGAUGUGUUCUGAACCCUCACCUGGGAUAUAUACUUUUGAAAUAUUUCAGCCACGGUUCUGUGAAUUGUUAUUAGCCGAGGUGGAGAAUUUUGAACAAUGGGUAGGUGAGUCCAAAUAUAGAAUCAUGCGACCAAAUACAAUGAAUAGGUACGGUGCUGUUCUUGAUGAUUUUGGCCUGGAAACCAUGCUUGACAAGCUUAUGGAGGGUUUUGUUCGUCCUAUAGCUAAAGAGCUGUUUCCUGAGGUUGGUGGAGCUACUUUGGAUUCUCAUCAUGGGUUUGUGGUUGAAUAUGGUAACAAUAGAGAUCUUGACUUGGGUUUUCAUGUUGAUGACUCGGAAGUAACUUUGAAUGUGUGCUUGGGUAAACAAUUUUCUGGAGGAGAGUUGUAUUUUCGGGGUAUACGUUGUGAUAAACAUGUAAAUAGUGGAAGCCGUCCGGAGGAAGUCUUUGAUUAUUCUCAUACCCCAGGAUAUGCUGUGCUUCAUCGUGGUCGCCACAGGCAUGGUGCUAAAGCCACGACAUCAGGUCAUCGUGUCAAUUUGCUUCUAUGGUGCAGGAGUUCUGUCUUCAGAGAGAUGAGGAAGUAUCAGAAAGAUUUCUCUAGCUGGUGUGGGGAAUGCUUGCAUGAGAAGAAAGAGAGGCAACGGAUGUCAAUUACAGCUACGAAACAGGAGUUGUUGCUCAGGAAGGAUGAUGAGUCCACAACAUGAUCUUCAUUCACUAAGUAACACCAUUUGUUGUAAAAUGUAGCUGCAGCCUUGUCCAUGUCCAAGCACCAGAGAAACUGAUCCACACGACGAAACUGAACAAAAGUUCUGCUUUUGUGCAUCAUUAUAACUAGGGACGCAUCUGCUUAUGUACCUCGAUUAUGUUAAGAAGUCGAUGACCCUAUCCCCAACUUCGAAGCAUUUGUGGAAUGAAACUUCUGUAAAAAAAAGAGUCCUACUGUUUAUGUGAGCUCAUUAUCUGUUGUAUUUGAUUUAACAAUGAACACUCGUAUCACUUAGCUGUAUGCAGUUUCCCAAAUCAUUAAUUUU